AUGAGGACUCUUCGCAGGUUGAAGUUCAUGAGUUCGCCCAGCCUCAGUGAUCUGGGCAAGAGAGAGCAGGCAGCCUUGGAUGAGCGGGGGACCCAGCAGCGACGGGCCUGCUCCAACGCUACCUGGAACAGUAUCCAUAAUGGAGUAAUAGCAGUGUUCCAGCGAAAGGGUCUCCCAGACCAUGAACUUUACAACCUCAAUGAAGGAGUGAGGCAAUUAUUGAAAACAGAACUGGGAUCCUUUUUUACUGAAUAUCUACAGAAUCAGCUACUUACAAAAGGCAUGGUGAUCCUAAGAGACAAGAUCCGGUUUUAUGAAGGGCAGAAACUACUGGAUACCUUAGCUGAAACCUGGGAUUUUUUCUUCAGUGAUGUUCUGCCCAUGCUUCAGGCUAUUUUCUAUCCUGUGCAGGGGAAGGAGCCUUCCGUUCGACAACUGGCUCUUCUGCACUUUAGGAAUAUUAUUACCCUCAAUAUUAAAUUGGAUGAUGCAUUAUCACGUUCCAGAGCCAGAGUUCCACCUUCUAUUAUUCAGAUGCUGUUAAUACUCCAGGGGGUUCAUGAGUCAAAAGGUGUCACUGAAGAUUAUUUGAAACUGGAAUCCCUGAUCCAGAAGGUCGUUUCUCCUUAUUUGGGCACAUAUGGUCUGUAUUCCAGUGAUGGACCCUUCACACACUCUUCUUGUAUUUUGGAGAAGCGGUACUUCAGGCGCUCAAAGUCAGGUGACAUCCUUGCUAAAAACCCUGUGGUGAGAUCAAAAAGCUACAAUAAUCCGUUACUGACACCGGUAGCUGAGUACGAAACUGAGGGCAUAGCUGCCAAUGGAUCAGGUAUUCGAAGGCACUCCGUUUCUGAAAUGACUUCCUGCUUGGAGCUCCAGGGAUACUCCAAUCUCACCACCAUCAUGGACAAUGGUUCCAAAAGCUCCAUGACAGCCACGAAGAACUCACUCUCAGGAGACCAGGAAAGGCCCAGCAACGGGUCAGUGCAAUGUUCUAGCAAACUCAACACAGUUGAGCAACAGAAAGAACUGUUCCACUCUAUGGAUGACCCACAUAGGUCUUUUGAGCUGGACAGGGACCCUGCCUUGAUUCCAGUUCCUUCUUCCAGCCCUGAGAAUAUAGUGGAUCAAAUUUUGGAGUCAAUCGACUCUGAUUCUGAAGGCAUUUUCAUUGAUUUUGGCCGAGGUUGUUCGAAUUCGUCAGCCUACAAUGUGGACGUGAACAGACAGAGCAUAAUGUGAAGGACACUGGGAGAUGGAUCUUGGGUUUUAAUAUUAUAUAUGAAAGUUACUAAUGCUUUGAGUCAGACUGUGGGCAGGCUAUAUAUGCCUAGUGCCAGCACCUCGGUUUUAAGUCAUCACAUGCACUGAAAAAAACAACAGGUGACAAAAAGUGGGAAUCUGCUGCAGGGGAGAAGAAACCCCAGCCACUUCUGUGCCCACCACUCUGCAGUCUGAUUUCUUACUGUCCUUAUAUACUUGGGGAUUCACAAACUGAAAAGUGUCUGGUAAAUUGCUAUUAAUGCAAAUGGCAGUGUUUUUCAGUAAUACAACCUACCAAAUAGCUAUGUUCACUUUUACUUAUUUCAAGAAAUUCCUGUAAAAGUUCAGGUUGUUCUGUGAACUGUAACAUCUCAGCCAGAGCACAGAAACAUAUCCUUUUAAAAAAGCAAAAAGCAAAGUUUGUGGCCCUUCAUGUCACAGAAUACAGUGAUAAAGAAGUCUUUUAAUCUUUUCUUGUACAUCUUGUAUGCACUCCUCUGCCCAACAAUGACUAGAAUUCUUGAAGAAGGGCAAAUAAACGGAAAUGCACUACCUGAUGUCAUGCGAAGCCUGAUGUCUAGUGUUCUGUUUCACAGCCCAUGCCGUGUGUCUGUGGGAGAGUCGUCUUCAAAUUGGCUCUUAAGACCAUGGUAAUUUGCUUUGAAUGUGGCCUUUCCAAGAAUUCUGUGCACUGUCAACUCCUGGAGUGUCCAUUGUGUGGAGAGCCUCCAGCAGAAUUCAAGUUACUUGUUUCUUAAGUAAAUAAAAACAUGGGCUCUUGUUGAAA